CUGAAUUUGACUUGCAGUUUUACCAGAUGAUUCUUGUUUACAAAUUCUCAAGGAAUUUGCGUAUAAUUUACGUUACUAAUGUUAUUGAGUUUUAUCAAUUAACAAUGUUAAAAUUAUGACGUAUAUUUAGUGUAAGAUAAACACGUGUUUGUGUAGUGCUAUUACUGUAUUCAGUAAGCAUCGUAUGAUUUAAGUGUACUUCUUUGUUCUCUUGUAAACAUGGCAAUGAGAAUAGUUGUUCUGUCUAUUUUAUUUUUUAUUGUUCCUAUUUUGUGUUAUAAACCUGUGGUACUUAUCCAUGGGGUGAUGACUGGAAGUGCUAGCAUGGAACUGAUAAAGUUAAGGAUCGAAGAGCAACAUCCAGGUACAAUAGUGUACAAUGUGAACAGAUUUGAAAGCUGGUCCAGUUUGGAGACAAUGUGGCAUCAGGUGCUGGAGAUAGGCAUGGAUAUUGCCAACAUAUCGAGUAAACAUCCUGAAGGAAUUAAUCUUAUUGGAUAUUCCCAAGGAGGUUUGAUUGCCCGUGGCAUAGUAGAAACCUUCCCAAAUGUGUCAGUCAGCACAUUUAUAUCUCUGAGCUCACCGCAGGCUGGACAAUAUGGAGCUGGAUUCCUCCACUUGGUGUUUCCCGGUCUGGUGAAGGAUACAGUUUAUGAGUUAUUCUAUUCCCGUGUUGGUCAACAUACUUCAGUCGGCAACUAUUGGAACGACCCCUAUCACCAGAGCCUCUACGAGUCUUACAGCGUGUACCUUCCGUACAUAAAUAACCAUUUACCAUCAGCAAAGUCAGCAGAUUUCAAGAAGAACCUACUGAGGUUGAAGAGAUUGGUGCUGAUUGGAGGUCCUGAUGAUAACGUCAUCACACCGUGGCAAAGCAGUCAAUUCGGCUACUACAAUGCGAACGAAACAAUUAUCGAGAUGAAGGCUCAGGAUAUCUACGUUGAAGACAGGAUCGGGCUUCGAACCCUGGACGAGACGGGACGACUUCACGUGGUCACCGUUCCAGGAAUCAACCAUUUCAAUUGGCAUAUGAACAUGAGUAUUGUUGAUAAUUAUUUAUUACCAUAUUUGGAUUAA